CGUGAAAUGUCUAGGGGCCCGGGCAUUGCUGGUCUGCUGCUCCCGGCCUUAAUACUUGGCCUGCUGUGCCCAAGACUAGCCGAGACGGAAAACAUUUUGGCCAUCUUCUCGUACACUUUUGGCUCGUCCUAUUUGCUGGUCACUCCGUACCUGAAGAACCUCGCUCAGCGGGGUCACCAACUGACUGUGAUAUCGUCCGUCGCAGAUAUGCCCGACAUAGAAGCGGUUCAUCAUAUACGCGUGCCCAAAUUAGAUAUGCUGAAGCAAGAACUCAUGAAUUAUGAUUUCGACUUGGAGCUUAGCAAAUGGAUGGAGGCUCAGUUCGUGUCCGAAUACUUCAACAACUGUUCGCGAUUCGUACUGGGAGAUCCUGGGGUGCAGGAGCUGCUCCACAACUCGAGUGCCCAGUUUUCGAUGGUGAUUAUGGAGGCUGCACACACCGAUGCCCUUUACGGAUUUUCGCAGCACUUUAAUGCACCGCUGGUGGGAAUCGCCGCCUACGGAUCGGCGUGGAACAUUGACUUCCUGGUGGGGAACUCGGCGCCGAGUAUCUACGAACCGAUGUCCGCCUUGGGCUAUUCGCCCGGCCUCAGUCUGAUGGAGAAGUGGCACAACCUGAUCUUCAUCACCGAAGAGCGUCUAGUGGAGCGUUUCAUUUACCUGCCGUCCCAAAUCGACCUCUAUAAGCAGUACUUUCCCGGAGCGUCAUCCAGUAUCCAUGAUCUGCGCCGGAGAUUCUCGCUGAUCCUGAUCAAUCAGCAUUUCAGCAUGGGUCGAGUGCGCAGUAAUGUUCCCAAUAUCGUGGAAGUGGCCGGCAUGCACCUUGCCGACCCUGCGAUACCCUUGGAUGACGAGCUUCAAAAGUUACUGGAUGAAGCCGAACAUGGAGUCAUAUACUUUUCAAUGGGUCUGCAAGUACGGGAUAAGUGGUUGCCGCCGGGAAUGCAGACAACUCUGUUUGCCGCCUUUAAGCAACUAAAGCAGAGAGUGAUAUGGAAAAACAAUAAUCCAGCUAUGUUCAAUGAUUCUAAGAAAGUCUUUGCGAGAUCGUUUUUUCCCCAGCGAGAGAUCCUCAAUCAUCCCAACGUAAAGCUCUUUAUCAAUCAUGCUGGACUUUUGAGCACCAUCGAAGCCGCUCACUACGCGGUUCCCCAGCUCUGUGUUCCUUUAUUCUAUGAUCAGUUCCAGAACACCAAGCGCAUGGAGCAGAUGGGCGUGGCCCAAAGGCUGGAUUAUACAGAUCUCACUAGCGACGGCGUUGUCAUGAUCAUUGAGGAUAUGUUGUUGAAUGCUAGUUAUAGGCAAAAUGCCCGGGAUUUAUCAAACCGAUUUCAUGACCAACCCAUGUCUCCUAUGGAGACCGGCAUUUGGUGGACAGAAUAUAUCCUGCGGCACAAGGGAGCCGAUCAUAUGCGAAUCGCCGAGCAGGAAAUGUCCCUAAUGCAAUAUUAUGACGUGGAUGUUGUUUCGGUACUUUUUGGACGAAUCGGACUGACUGCUAUGAUUGUGAUCUUUCUGGGUUGGAAACUGGUCUCAUUGGUGACAAGAAACCUUGAGUACCGAUUAAAUGUACCCAUGGUAAGAUAAACUUAUGUCAUUAUGGGUAAAACAUUUUUUUUUUUGGUUCACAUUUGGAUCUUGUGGUAAGUGUGAAACAAAGUUUCUUAUUAUUAAACUUGGCUAUUAUUUAUUUUAAAAAUUGUACAAAGCGAAUGUGUAAAAAGGAUAUAUCUGACAAUUUUGGAAAACUAUUGUAUUUUAAGCGAUAGAAACCUAUUUAGCUAGCAGAAUCUAUUAAACGUUGUGCAUAUCUAAAGCUUAUAGCUUUUUUGGUUUUUAUAAAAAUUGUAGACUCAUUUUACCAAAUCAAUUACAAACUAAAGGUUGAUAACCUUACUUAAUCUGAGUUAAAUAGAUAUGUGUGAAUUGAAUUGGUGUGGAAUAUAAUUGACUGUAGCGUAAAAGAAAUACACGUAUUUAUUUUAAGUGUUUCUAUCCCACACUAAUAGCGAGUUAUCUUAUCGGUCUGUUUAACGACCGUGGAAGAGCUAAAUAAAAUAUUUUUACUAGAAUGACCAUUUAAAACAGCUUAUAAUCUAUAACUAUAAUAGGUUUUAAAAUAAUAUUUGUGGUAAUUUUUUAGUUUUUUUUUUGCAAUAUUAAAAAAGUUUAAUGUAGAAUUGCUAGCGGUCAUACAAUGAAUAUUAAAAUAGACCCAUUAUAAAAUGUAUCAUAUCACAUUAUAGCACUAGCAAUUAGAACAAAGAAAGAAAAUAUUUUAAGGACGAAUAGCUUCUUCCCCCUUAACUGCCAUGUAUUGUAUAUUAGUAUAAUUAGAAAACUUUACCUUUUCCAAUCGUUAUCUCUCCAAACCCUUUUCAUUCCUUUCUUUUUUUGGCCAUAAACAUAACCGCGCUCAUUAAGUAUUUUACAUCAAUCAGCACGUGCCCAGCAUGUUUUCUUUUCUUUUCACAAAAAAAGCAAAGAAAUAAAAAAAGAGGAAUUGAAAGAAUGGAAUACUGGGACAGAAAAGGCACAUUAAAAUGCACAGGACAAGCUGGAGAAAAAAGUGCGCACAAUUGCUCCCAAAAUUGCUGGGUGAAAUACCCCAGAAACGUGAAUCAAAAGAAGUCGAAGUCGGCUGGUUCCCAGAACUCGAAAAGGAUGAACCGCAAGUGAACAACUUCCCCUUCAUAACCAUUGAAGCGUUAUGUCUGUGAUGGUCCACCGAUGGCCAAGGUAACGAACGCACCGUGCAUAAAAGCACACCUAACUACAGUGAUCUGUCCGUAAAAUGGAAAACAAACGACUGCGUCUGAUACCGCUUAAUGCAAUUGUUUUGUUUGGUUCAUUGAUUAGAUAGGUUGAUUGCAGUUUGUUCAUAUCAAUAUUUAACUAGCUCUUUUUGAUAAGCGAGCUUUUAAAAGUUCAUCGUAGGCAGCACAUCAUUUUCCACCUCAUUUUUUCAAGCAUUAUUAUCAGGACACAAUAGUUUUUAUUAAUUUUUUGUUUAUAACAUUGGGUUUUUAUUUCAAAAAUCUGUGGAAAAUAGCUUCUGUUAAAUAUUAUUUUGCAAAAUUUGAGUUAUUAAAAGUUCAUUUAGUCAAUACACACCGUAUUUUUCUGUUCAUCAAAUUUAUUUGGGCUCUGUUACUAUUUAUAAUAUACAAAAAUCUAUAAAAUGCGGAUCUUACCCACAAGAAUGUACAAAUUAUUUAUGCCAAUAAUAAACCUAAAAGGAAAAAUAAAAUGUGUGUCAAAUGUUGGCAUGUUAAUAAGUUUGGCCAAGUCCGCAUAAAACAAAAUUGCACUCAACGUGUUGUCAAUUUGAUGUUUAUUGCAGAUUUUUAUUUGAUUUUAUGUUUGCAACAUUUGAAUUUAUGAGCCGGCCAUAAACUGCCGGCGAGUCUAAUCCGAAAAUUCUUGUAAAAUUGCCAAAGACUCGCGAGGCACUGGGCGAUGAGGAGUUGACCUAAGUCAGGCCAUUUAUAUUGGCCAUUUGGCAGAGGCGCCGGGGCAAACGUUGUCCCUCAUUGUUGGCACUGGCCAAUACUCAAGUGGGCGGCUUUCAUUGGCGCUUAACUAACUGAAAUUAAGUAAACUUUUCUUUUGACUUUCAUAAGCCUUUUAAUAAGCCAUAAUCCCCGCUGGCAUUAUCUGGCCCCCGUCAUAAGCGCACAAAGGACAAGCCCACACACACCAACACAGGCAUAAUAAAAUCUAAUUAACAUCCCCGACUGAGCUCGGGAAAACCUCGCGCAAUAAAAAUCAUCAAUACUAGGAAAGAAGUUUAUUAAAAGUGAUUUUCAUCACUGCGGCGAAGUCUCUGUGGGUUAAUGCUUGCUGCUUCUGGGGAAACAGGAACUAAAUGAUAAGCUAAGAACUAACAUAUUCAGGGCCGAUUGACUUUAUAAUACAUGCCUGCGAUAAAAGGAUCGCAGGCUUUCCUAGGAAUAUACUCUUGACUUAAAAGAUUGAAGAAAUACUUUGUACUUUCACUGAAAUAGGUGUUUUUUCGAAGUAGAUUUUUCCUAGAUUUAACUUUGUCUUUCACUGCCUGAUUUUUUCACUUAUGAUUACUUAUGGUAAGCAUAUUGCAGCUUCAUUACUUUAUUUUAAGCUUAUAUUAAGUACAGAAAUCAUUAACAUUUAUAUGUAACGUUUUUAACAAUCCUCUUGGUCACCCAGCUUUUAUUACAAAAUUUAAUUAGAGGGCAUAUACGAUUCGUCGUAUCGAUAAGGCACCUUAUUUUAAUUUUCCUAUGAGUCUUAUAUACUUUUUUGGUUAGAAAAGUUAUGAGGCAGGCUUUUAAUUAGCGCCUGCCAACCAGUCAGCCAGCCGUCGUGGCGAAAGUCCCAGAGCGCAUUACGCAUACGCAGCGUUGACGCCGAGGUUGCCGCUGAGGCUGGCACAUUGGCUUUGGGAUUGCCGCUGGCUGGUCGGGCACGAUUUUAAUUAAUUAGACUUUUAUGAGGCGUACAUGCAGCUUGGGCAUUGUUGGGUUAAUGCCCAGUUAUUGUUUUUUUUUCUGCUGAACUCCCUGGUGUUGUUUUGGCCGCUUGUUGGCCCGGCCUAAUAAGCGUUUCAGAGCUUAACACCGCCAACGAAAUGUGUAUCAAAAUUUAGCAUUUAUUUUUGGUGGCGGGAGUGUGAGAGGGUCGAGCACACAUGUCCGUUGGCCAUGUCGUGUGCGGUAAUGAAAAUUGCGGUGGCAUAAUGCUCAACAUUUGGCAUAAUUGCAGUCCAGGAUAUGCGUUUAUACUCAGAGAUUACUUUUUGUGGCUGCUGGCCAUUGACCAAUCCCCACCACCACCACAUAUACAGCCACCGCCGCCACCGACAAAAGAGAAUGGCCAAGCGUAAUAAAAGCCAGACGAUGUCGCCUUUGUAUAAAGAAAUAAAAAUAAUACCAAGUUCCCCGCCCCAAAAAAACAUAUAUCCCUUACUCCUUUGUUGGCUUUUGUGUUCCAGCACUUGUUAUUGGUAUCUCGCUUUUCUACUCUCUGGCUCCUUGUUCCCCUUUUUUAUUUGGAUGGGUUUUCCAGGCAAAUUAAUUUUCAUUUCCAUUUGUUUUUUUGUUUGCUUUUGGGCUCCGCGACAUAUUAUUUGUCGUUGCCAGACUUUAAAUGAGAGAUCUUUAAGAGUUAAAAAUAAAUAGCCAUUUUUAAGGCCUGAAAAAGAUAUCAAAUACAAAUAAUUAUGAUUUACACUCUAAUGAAACUGUUAAGUGUUCUUUCU